GUAGGGAGGGGAUCGUGUAUCUUUAUAACCUUUCUAACUCUCCUAUGCUAAUCUCAGAGGGGCACCCUCAAUAUAUCUGGAUCACCGUGUCGCUGGGCUGCCUCCUUGCCGCUCUUGCUCCUGUGAGGAUACGUUAUAAGGGCUGCUUUGCUGGAAUCCCCAACACCUGGUACUUUUGGGGGUGGUGUGUGCCUCACCAGGCCACUCUCCCAAGGGCAUCUCUGUAUGGAAACAAUAUAACUCUCCAAGGGAGAGAAGUGUGUUCACUCCCUUUGGCUUGGCCCUUCCUUUCCAGAGAGUGUUUGGGAUGGGACAUCUGGCUGCUCCCACUGCCUUCCAUCAGGCAGGACUGGAGAAGGUGGAGAUGAAGGUGAAGAUGCCUCCAACAUCAUUCCAGGACAGUUUCAACAGACCCCCCAAAUCAUUUUCCAACCCCCUCAUGUUGAACCUGAAACUGGAGCUAGCAUCCUGGGAGAAAAGGGGAUGGUCUUUUUAAGAUCCACAUUCUUUUGCAACAUGGCUUUCCUAUCCACAUCUAGGCACCCCUUUAUGGGAAGGAGCUGCUUAGCAGAAUUGGAGUUAAAGUAUCACAUGCUUUCUUAGAUCAAUGAAACUGUUCCAAAGCAGCCCUCUCUAUCUCACCUUUCUGACUUGAACACUCCAUGACUCACCAUUUGCAAAUGUCCAGCCUCAGUCUCCCUAACAGGAAAUAAAAUGUUAGGGUGAAGGGGGGUGAAUCAGUAGAGUCCAUGGGAAAGCAACUGGGGAGAAAGGGGCUACCAAAGAAUCAUCAUGUCGGCUUAGGGGGAUUCACCUACAGGGUAGAUAUCCUUUCUGUCAGCCAAUUAGAGAGAGGUAGAAGUUCUCCCCACAAAAGGGACUUUACACACUGCUGAGAUGCUAGGUCAAUGUAGCAGUUCCAAAGCUUUUGCAUUCCCCACAGAAAUAUGAAUAGAGAUUACCCCAGAGUCAACAGGCCCAUUUAAGAAUAUAUUGUCCCAUUGUCCCCCAGAGCCUGCUUUAACUUAGACCAUGUGUUCUGCUUGCUAUGAAAGAUACCUUCACUGUACCCAUAGAUGAUGAGGCAAAUACCUAGUUGGUCCCUGAAGUAGCUUCAUUAUGCAGCCCUCCCUCCUCUUACACUGAAAAAUUCAGACUCAUACCCAGAUGUAUGCCUUAGAUAUUUGCACACAGUACACAGCAUACAGCCACACACAGAUAAAUGAACCCCUUCUUACACCCAGACUAAUAUACAUAGAACCCCCACCCACAUUCUACUCAGCUUGUCAGCAUCUAAUGGAUCCAGCCAUAGUGCCACUAAUACUCCUUCCUAUAAACACUUGACUUUUGAACUAUCUUUCAUUGGCUCAAGUUCAAGGGAAUAGACAGUGAGAGUCAACUGCCUUUCCCUCCAACUUCCCAGCAUGCCCCUUAUCUCUGUCUCACACUUCACCCUUGGCCCCAACUUCUUUCCUUGUGCUUAAAAUACUUGCUGGGAAGCCCCUUGGCUUCUAGCUUCCCUUUCCACUCUUGGGAAAAUACCUAUUUUCUGGUCCCCACCUUUUUCCUUUCCCGAAUGCAGGUCCCCACCAGUGGAAUCUAACCUCAAAACAGGAAGCCUUAGGCCAAUGCCCUAUGUGGGACUGAAGGUUACGCAGGCAAUGGGUGUGGGGUAAAGCCUUCCUGAAUGUGCCCCUCCCCAUGCCACCCAUGGCCCCGCUCAUAACUGAUGGUCCUCACUAGUCCCUGGCACUUAUCUUGGAACCACAGCAGGUGACAAAACCGUCCCAGUCCUUCUCUGCCUGCUCUGAGCCCAGCAGUGUCAUGGGGAACUGUUUGCAACGGGUGGACUCCUCCUCCUUCACUGGUGACAACUCGAGUAACUUUAACUUUGAAGAUGAGUUUUUCAUUGAUUGGAAUAAUUCCUACGGACCUGGUGACUAUAACUACACUGGACUGGAAGCAGCUGCCCCCUGCCGCUCCUGUAAACUGCUGGAUGAGUCCUCACUGCCUUUCUACAUCCUCGCCAGUGUCCUGGGUAUCCUAGCUAGUACAGCUGUCCUGUUUGCUUUUCUCAGACCUCUAUUUUACUGGCAGCUGUGUCCUGGCUGGAAGAUCCUUAUACAGUUAGCUGUGGGCAGUACCCUCUUCAGCAUCUCAGUGCCCAUCCUGGCACCAGGGCUAAGUGGUGUCCAUGACACCCACCUGUGCCACCUGGGCCAUUUGGUCUGGUAUGGUUCAGCUUUUGCCCAAGCUUUGCUGUUAGGCUGCCAUGCCUGCCUGGGCCCCAUAUUGGGUACAAACCAUGUCCCAGGCCUCACUCUGGGGCUCACUGUGGGACUUUGGGGAGUGGCAAUUCUAUUGGGGCUGCCAAUCACUCUGACCAGUGACACUUCCAAUGGACUCUGCACCCAGACAUUCAGCCAGGACAUUUUGCAGUUUAUGCACGCUGCUGCUUGUUUUGCCAUCUUUUUCCUGUUGCCACUGGGUUUAUUGGGAACCAAGGGCCUGAAAAAGUUAUUAGACAGGGAGCCAUGCCCCUGGAUUGAUAUUCUAUGGGUCUGGUUCAUUUUCUGGUGGCCUCAUGGAGUACUUCGGGGAUUGGACUCCCUAGUGAGGUCCAAGUUUUUGGUAUUAGCAUCAUGUCCAGCCCAGCAGGCCCUGGACUUGCUGCUGGACCUGGCAGAAGUCCUGGCAAUAAUGCACUGUGUGGCUACACCUUUUCUCCUGGCUCUGUUCUGCCACCGGGCCACUCGUACUUCCAUGCCCUCCUUGUCUGUCUCAACGAGACAGUCCUCCCAUCUGGACACCCUUGAAGGAAAAUCUUAGCUCUCUUCCACCUGCCAACCUGAAUUAAAGUCUACAUUGCUUUUA